AUGAACGCGAUCCGCCAAACCCAGCUCCUGAACAAGCGCGAACUCGAAAACGCCACACCCCCCUCCGCCUCCUGGCACGCCGACUACCGCGACACCGCGUGGAUCUACAUCGGCGGCCUGCUCCCGGACCUCACGGAGGGCGACGUCUGCAUCAUCUUUUCGCAGUACGGGAACCCCACGCACCUCAAUCUGAUCCGCGACAAGGAGACGGGGAAAAGCAAAGGCUUUGGGUUCCUCAAGUAUGAGGACCAGCGGAGUUGUGAUCUGGCCGUGGACAAUCUCGGGGGCGCGGACGUGUUGGGCCGCCUGCUGAGGGUCGAUCAUACGCGGUACAAGAGGCGUGAUGACGAAGAUGAGGAGACGUAUCGCGUUGAGAGGUUGGAGGCGCUGCAGGAGGCUGAAGAGAGGAUGAAUGCCAGCGGGAAGAGAGGGGGUGGGAGUGGGAGUGAUACCGAGGAUGAGGACAAUGUGGCCGACGGGCACAAGAGAAAGAACAAGCGACGGCGCUUAUUACUCAAGGAGGAGCAAGAGUUGGAGGACAUGCUGGCUCCCGCGCAGGACGGCGAGGAGGAGGAUCCCAUGCGGGAAUACCUUAUCCGGGAGAAGAGGGAGGAGGUUGAGAGGGCAAAGGAAAGAGAGGCUACAAAACGGGAGGGGAAACACCGGCAUCGAAAUGACCGGGAUCGGGAAGCGGACAGUGACGAGGACACAGAUCGUCGGCACCGUCACCGGCACCGUCACAGGCAUCCAGCUCGAGAUCCUCAUGACCGCGUGGACACAAAGGCUCAGCGCGAUACCGAGCAUAGCGAGGAGAGGCGAAGGGAUCACCGUGAUGAUGAUGAUAGACGUCAAAGGCGCAACGAUGAAGGUCAUCGUCGCGGUGGAGAUCGAGAGACGAGUAGAGAGAGGGAGCACCGUCACAGACAUCACCGCACAGAUAGUAGGGAGAGGAGGUCCCCCGGGGACCGAGAGACGAGUAGGGACCGCCGUCAAAGACAUCAUCGCACAGAUAGUCGGGAGAGGAGGUCCCCGCCGGAUCGAGAUCGGGAUCGUCCUUCAAGACGCCACGACGAUGGUUGA